AGCAGGAAGGGACUCACCUUGUACUCCCAUGCCAAAUGCAAAAACAACGUGGGUUCGGCGCAGCAGGCGGCAAGGGCUGGUUCGGUGCAGCAGCAGGGGCGUAGGGCCACAGGCUGGUGCAGGGGCGAGGCUCGGGCGUGCAGGGGACCUGGGUUCGGGGCGCAGGACGCAGGGCGUGAGGCGCAGGGCGCGGGCUGGUUCGGGGUAAAAAACAAAUUUGAUGGGGAAAGAGAAGGUUCCAGACACCUUCUUUUUUUUUCUUUUUUUGUUUUUGGGUUUGGGUUAAAUGGGUAUUGGAUUUUGGGCUUGGGUAGUUGGUAGGCUUGGGUUUUUGGAUUUUGAUUUUGGUUUUUUUGUUUAAGGCUUAAAAUUGAAAAUGGGUCGAAUUGGGCCAUUUAAGAUGGGUUUAAGGUGUAAAUGGGUUUUGGGUUGAACUUUAAUGCAUUUCACCCUUCAACUUUUCAGUUCUUCAAUUGGGUCCCUUCUUUCUUCUUCUUGAAUUUUCCCAUUUCUUUUUGCAUGUAGCACCUAAAAGAAAAAUGAAGAUGUAUUAGUUAA